UCAUGUGGUUGUGUGUUUCUGUUCAGGCCUGUCCUGCUGUUUAGACUUGUGAUUUUGACACUGACAGCGCUUAUGUUGGACUACAGUCACACUCCUAGUCAAAAGUGAAUGCGACGAGCUAAUUUUAAGCCACCGACUGACUUUAAGUGGCCGGUGACUUGUGCAUACUGGAAGGGGACUUGGGGGGAAGCUGAUACCGUAUUCAGUUUCCCCCCUGCUCCGAGGAAAUGGAGAUUACUUCGGAGGAAAAAGCCGAGGAACGCAGGAGGGAACACUGGAAGCUGCUGUCUAGUCUGAAGACCACGGUGGAGGGCCUGGUGUCCAGCAGCAACCCCAACGUGUGGUCUCGCUACGGGGGGCUGCAGCGGCUGUAUAAGGACAUGAACCACAUCCUCAGCCACGGCCUCAAGCACGAGCAGGUGUACUACAAGCAGAAAGACUACUGGCCCUUCGUGUGGCGUGUCCGCUCCGUCAGCCCUCACCUGGCCUCUCAUGUAGAACAGUUUAGUAAGCUGGAGCCUGUGCUGAGCAGUGGGCUGAAGAGUGUUGGGGAGGGUUACAAGGCCGAGCGCUGGCUGCUGCACAGCCUACAGGUCCACCUGCUGUCAGCCCAGCUCCGACCCCUGCUCAAACACCAGGGACACACGAGCAAGUACUACAACGUGGAGGCCUUUCUGCUGAGUGAGCCCCAUGUGACGGCCAUGUUCCAGUGUCUGGAGGCCGUGGAGCAAAACAACCCCCGUCUGCUGGCCCUUGUCAACACAGUUAAGCUGUCCACUCUAAUGUGCUCUCCGUACAUGGAGGGCCUGUUGAAGAGUCAGAGUCUGGGUGUUCUGCCGGGGGGCGGCUGGAGGUCCGGGGAAGGUCAGGGUCCCCCCAGAGGGGAGCUCAACCACAGACUCACCACCUCCCAGUGCUCCCUCCCCCACCGAGACAGAGGACUCACGCCCAACAGUAAUAACACAGGGGCCAUCUCAGAGAGCAACUCAGACUCCACUCCAGCCGCUAGGGCCUCGGGAGCCCCCUGGGGGUGCGUGGGGGGGUCCGAGGGAGAUGGAGAAAGGGGCAUGAGCCCCCCUCCCGGUCCCUCAGUGGUGGUCCCCUCCAUCGCCCUGACAGAGCCCGCCCACUCCGACGCCCUAGACUCAGGCGAGGGCGACUACGACGACGGCCCCGAGUAUCUGGCUAUCGGUAACCUGGGGCAUCGUAGUAAUCGCCGCGACUCCCAAAGCUCCACCCCCGGUGGCGAUCCUUGCGGCGGCGAAUCGGAUGGUGAGAUUCAGGUCCAGUCCCCUGGAAGGAGCUCCUUGGCUUCGGUCCCACCUCCCACACCUCGAAGGUCAUCCUUUUCAGAGGGUCAGAGAGAGCCGGGUCGUGGGGGCAGCAGAGGGCACGUCCGCUCAAUGUCCGACACAGGGAUCAACAGCAAACAUAGACAUGGAGGGGGCCACAGGAAAAUCAGCGUUAUAAUAGAGGAUCCUGUAGCAGAAUCAUUGGUUGCGGAGGACUGUCGUUUGGAGGACUACAGCCCUUUUUCCCUUGGCAGCAGUGAUGGCAGUACACCCAGUUCCCUCUAUAUGGAGUCUAACGGCUCCCAGUACAGCAGUGUUCCAGACUGCAUGUUCCGGAAGCCGUUGGAGGGACAGAGCCUCAUCAGCUACCUGUCAGAGCAGGACUUCGGCAGCUGUGCUGACCUGGAGAAGGAGAACGCCCACUUCAGCAUCUCGGAGUCUCUGAUCGCAGCCAUCGAGCUGAUGAAGUGCAACCUGCGGCGGCGGGUGGUGGUGGAGGACGAGGAGGAGGGUGACGACAGUGACUCAGAGAUCCGGCAGCUCAAACAGAAGAUCCGGCUGCGUAGACGCCAGAUCCAGCGGACCCGCCUGCCUCCCUCACAGCGCUUGUUCCAUUCAACAGACAGUGGAUGCUCCCGCAGGAGCUCCCAGGAUUCCUUUCACCUGUCCAACUCUGGCUCGGCCGAGGAGGUGGAGGAGUGCGAGCUGAAAGAUGGCUGUGAGGGCCAGUCCCUGAUGGCGGUGUCUAAGAGUGUCUCCCUGUCGCACGCCUCCCUCUUCUCAGAUGCAGACAUAAAGCGCGGUGUGACAUCCAGUGGCCGCUCUUUCCUCAGAUCGGAGUCUAUUUCUCCGUCGUUCCUCCAGUCUAACUCUGCUGAGUCGGUGGCCAUGGGCCUGCUCAGGCAGUUUGAGGGCAUGCAGCUCCCUGCAGCCUCGGAGCUCGACUGGCUGGUCCCAGAACAAGACGCACCACAAAAGCUCCUGCCCAUCCCUGACUCCCUGCCCAUCUCUCCUGAUGACGGGGAGCAUGCUGAUAUCUACAAGCUGAGGAUCCGAGUGAGAGGGAACCUGGAGUGGGCCCCGCCGCGACCCCAGAUCAUCUUCAACAUUCACCCCGCGCCCAAGAGGAAGAUCGUUGUGGCCAAGCAGAACUACCGGUGUGCAGGCUGCGGGACUCGCAUAGACCCAGACUACAUCAAGCGAAUGCGCUAUUGUGAGUACCUGGGCCGCUACUUCUGCCAGUGUUGCCAUGAGAACGCCCAGGCGGUGGUGCCGGGCCGUGUGCUGAGGAAGUGGGACUUCAGCAAGUACUAUGUCAGCAACUUUGCCCGGGACCUGCUGGGUAAGAUAUCAGGAGACCCCCUGUUCAACCCAAACGACAUCAACAGUGGCCUCUACAAGAAAACCAAAGCCCUGGAGACUGUCCGGGUUUUGAGGAUCCAACUAUUCCACAUGAAAAACCUCUUCAAGACCUGCCGCCUAGCUAGAGACGUGCUGGACCAGUUCGACAGCCUCCCUGGUCACCUGACUGAGGACCUGCACCUGUUCUCCCUCAGCGACCUCAACGCUGUGCGCAACGGAGAGCUGGCCCCCCGGCUACGAGAGCUUCUGAAAUUGGGUUCCGCGCACGUGGCUGGCUGUGUGCUGUGUCAGGCCAAGGGCUUUGUGUGUGAGUUCUGCGGCAACGACAAAGACAUCAUCUUCCCCUUCCAGUUGAACAAGUGCACGUGCUGCGAAGAGUGCAAGGCGUGUUUCCACAGCAAAUGUUUUCAGGCAGGCAAGGAGUGCCCGCGGUGCCAGCGCUUGGCAGAGCGGCGGGAGAGGAUGGCACGCAAGAACAUGGAGGAGCAGGAGGAUGAGGAGGAGGACGAGGGAGGCGGGAGCUAGGAAGAGGAACUGAGGGAACGAGGGUGGCGGGGAGCUAGGACGACGAACUGAGGAAACGAACGAGGGUGGCGUGGAGCUAGGACAACGAACUGAGGAAACGAGGGUGGCGGGGAGCUAGGACAACGAACUGAGGGAGCUGGAAAAGAAAGAUGAAAAAAUCAAGAGCACAACAUGACAAUGAUUGUAGGGACCUUAUUCCUUCAACUCCUCCCUCCAUUCAUCCCUCUUUCCCCUGAAAGUCCAGCUUCUGGAUAGUGGAUGAGCUCUGAUGGUUUGGAAUCUUGCUUUUGUUUUUUGAAUGUCUUGCCAAUAUACUAAAUAACAUAUUAUAUUAACAUAUUGGCUGCUUUUAUGGUUUUCUGCUCUGAUUGCAGAUAUCCAUCGUAUGAUGUAGUCCUGCCAUUUAUGUAAACAAGUUGAUCAAUUUAAAUAGAACAAGGAAGGUAGAAGUACUGAAAUCAACCACAGUCAAUAAAAAAAGAAUCCCUUUAAUACAAGUGUGAUUUACUCCAACCCAUUUCAGGCUAUUUUAGCCAAGUGCCUCUGCGACCAAUGGUCUUAUACUGGCAGAGCUGGUGCACCAUUGGUCGUUCUGGAGGAGUUGGAAUGACGGGUCUUUGGAGGGAGUCUUUCAGUGUUGCACAGAGUUACGAAUAUUUUGUAAGAUGAGGCAGCGUGUUUGUCCUGCUUUGUGUGCAUCCUACAAAAAGUGUGUGUGGUGUGUGUGUGAGAGAGAGGGGUGGGUGUGUGUGUGUGAGAGAGAGCGGUGGGUGUGUGUGUGAGAGGAGAGGAGUGGGUGGGUGUGUGAGAGAGGA